AUGUAUACAUUUAUUUUAAUCUCUUUAUUUCUAGCAAAUACUGUAAAAUCGGAGGUGAAUGGAAAAUACUGUGAAGGUUUUAAGACAGACUUUGAUAUAAAGAAAGCGAUUGGACGUUGGCACGUCGUGGCUGUUAUACCAGACACCAACUUUUCCAACAAGUUCGAUAAUGUGACGUGCUAUAGAGUGGACUUCAGUGAAGUUGAUGAGGCAAGCCUCAAAUGGAUGAUAACGCAACGGCUCGGUCGUCCAACAGAACAGCUCAUGGACAGUGAGCCAGGUGAAGUUAUACGCCUGCGAUACCAUACAGAACAGCCUUUUGACAUCUGGUCAAAGUCAGUGCGUGAUCUGAAGGGAUGCUACAGACAACUGAUCGAUUUGAAAAACAACGAAACCGAUAUACAUCUGGCAAAUACAUUGGACUCGCCCAUGUUGCUGCAUGUACUGGAGACUGGAUACGGGCCAUUUCUCCUCCAAAUGCUCUGGGGACGACUAGCCGCUGUCAUCUAUCGAAGAGAACCGUGUAAUCACUUUAAUUCGUUUUCCCCAGAUUUGGUACCAGUCUUUUCCAGGGUGUACCGUAUUGAAAAACGCCAGAGACUGAGUUUGAAUCGCUCGAUCGGGGAACAGCGGGCGAGCGAGCUUUAUGGAGAGUGUUUAGAGGAGUUUUCGACUAAAACCUGCAGCGGAGUUUUCAGUUACUGGAGUAGAGUCUAG